GAAACCAGGACCACUUUAAAGGGCAAUUCCACCACCUUUCCUCUACCAGAGGAGGAAAAUUUGUGGUUGCAAUCUUGACGGAAAGAGCACCUAAAAGGGCAUUUCUCAACUACAGUUUCUCUGUCCAUGGAAGAGAAAUACACACAAGGGAGUCAGGUUUCAAAAACGCUCGAGCACAGUGGAAGCCUCUCCUCAUUAUAACCAAAGAGGCGAUACGUAGCUUUGUUUGGAACGAGUACUGGAUCGCAAAAGAAAACAGAGAGCUAAAAGGACGACAAGUGGAAGUGUCAAGUACAGAUCCUGUGCAGUGGCAGGUUCUCAGUCUUCCCCUGAACGACUAUGAUAUGACUGUGAUAUCUCCUGAUCAAGAAUUGCCUCUCAACCUUCCGGAACAUAAUCAUGUAUGGAUAGCCCUUUGGAACAAGAACAAAUUUAAUAUUGUAGUUCGUUUCUCUUUGAUUUAUGAAUCUCCAAUGAAACCUAAAUAUUAUAAAAUAAGUGUCAGAGAAGGCUGGUUGAUUUUGUCUAUAUCUACAGAAAUUGUCUUUUAUGGAAAUAAAUUUCAUAAAAGGUGGGUCCCUCCCCUAAAAGGAUGCGACUUGAGGAUAUCGACGAAAUACCAACUACACCUUCAAGUGUUCCUGAUGCCUUUAGAGCCACAGGAAACAAGCAAACUUCCUGCCAUAACUACAGGAAUGUAUAUAGGAACAACUACAACCAAAACUCAAGUUCCUCCUACAGGAACAUCUACAGGCUCAUCUCCAGUCAAACCCGAAGAUUCACCUACAGGCAUACCUGUAAGCACACUAAUCAUCAUCGGUGUCGUGGUGGCAGUGUUGGUUGUCGUAGCUGCGUCUUUCCUUUGCUACAGGUGUUGCUUCAGGAAACAAAACGACACAAGAGCUGAAGGUAAGACUUCCUGA